CAUCUUGAUUGUUCGAUUUGGUUCGCGUGUCUUCUUCAACCGUGGGCUUGAACUGCCGAAACCUGCCACCAACAACCCAGGAAGCUCAGUGGUUGGUGCUCACAAUUCUCUUGGAACCCAAACUGGAGAACAGCCCCCGAAAAAACAGAAUGCAACCCAACAAUAACGAUAAGACAAUGGAAGCUUCACACGAACAAACAACUUUGCCAACAUCCGAGGAAACUGAGAGUCUCAACGACGGCCUUCAAGGACUCAGCAUCAUGAAUAUUAACGGCAAUGACAAUGAAAACGACGACACCAACGAUGCCGGUACCGAUGGCAUUUGGCUUCCUCACCCCAACUGGCUUCGUCCCGUGGGUGAAGAUGCAGAAGAUGACUAUUCUGGUGAGGACGAGCAGCAGCAGCAAUGAUGGAAUGAAUCCAAGGGAAACGGUCUAACCGGAGUACUAACUAACAUAGCGUAAAAGAUGAAAAAAGUCCUUGCCUCGACAUAUACCGUAGCUCAGAAUAGCAAGAUUCACCGCGA